AACUUCGCGUUUAUUUUGCUUUUGGGAGAUGUCAACUUCCUUUUCAGAAGCAUUUAAAUUUUACAAGAGAAAAUGUCCUUUUCCGGAAUUGUCAGGUGUUGUUGACCCACGAGAUGGGAAGUUCAGGGAAUGCUUAAAAACUCGCAGCGUCCAAACACAACCUCAAAACUCCUCGGAUUUUGGUCUUAUACCUCCGGAAACAUGGUCAGUUCAUGAAUUGAGAAAUCAUCCUGGUCUCCUUAUAAUCCAGAAUCCCUUCACUUCCCUUGGGCAGAGAUAUUGGAUCAGUAGAUGUCUCAGGGACUUCCCAAAGGCUCCACAUCGAACGAAUUUGCAAACGCAGAAGCUUCCUGAAGAAGUUCACGGAGAUUUCUGGGCAUUUUUCUGCAAAGCUGAAGAGAAAGCCAUUCAAAAGAAGCUGAAAUCUUGUCUCAGAUGGUCCACCUUGGGAUACCAUCAUGAUUGGGAUCGGAAAAUUUACAGCGAAAAGGAGAAAAAUCCAUUUCCGGAAGAUCUUCAGGGUCUCACGAGUUUUCUGGGAAUGAUUUUGGGAUUUUCAGACUUCCGUGCUCAGGCAGCCAUUGUGAAUUUCUACCCUCAGGGAAGCACUUUAGCUGGGCACACUGAUCAUUCAGAAGUCAACCUGGAAGCUCCACUUUUCUCCAUUAGCUUUGGUCAGGAAGCAAUCUUCCUCAUUGGAGGCCCCUCCAAGGAUGACCCAGCUACUCCCCUGCGGCUCCACAGUGGUGAUGUUGUAGUCAUGUCCAGGGAGAGUAGAUUGUGCUAUCAUGCUGUCCCGAAGAUCCUUCAAGGGUGCGAGGCAUCGUGGAAUGCAGAAAUGGCCCAUCCGGAAGUCCUCAAAAAUCCCCUAAUUGACCAAGAUCUCUGCGAGAAGUGCACUCAGGGGGAUUUCUGGCAGCCUUUUGAUCAAUAUCUCAGCGACUGUCGCAUCAAUCUCAACAUCCGGCAGGUUCUGGCGGGAAAUGCAACGACGCUGUGACGUGAGGCUUGAAAACUCUCCCGCUGAGAGCCGCAGCUGAGACAUCACGCGCUAAAUCAAUCCGUCAGACAGUUUAGUCAGAGGCGAUGGCAAGGAAUUUCUCGAGCUCUUUCUCACUUCACAUCAAACCCUAAAUUCGAGCAUUUAAAUUUAUUUUAUGCAAUUGUACAGAAAUUUUAAUAAAAAAAACUUUUUUUUAAUUUUACAGAUAAAAUAUGAUAUUUUAAAAAUAAAGAAAACUUAUUAUAAAAAAA